UGUCAGCACACCCCUUGGUCCUCUUGAAAUUAUGAGUGUGUGUUUGGAGCUGUGGGAGUGAUGCCCAGUAUAUAAAGACCAACCAUAGAGGGCCAGAAAUGGACAUUAUCAGGGACAGAGGAAGAAACAUAAUUUCCAAAACAAGAUUUCUUAUAACCUGUGACUGUAGUCUUUGCCAGAGCCAAGGAUGCCAAACUGGGGAGGAGGAGCCAAAUGUUCGGCCUGUGAGAAGACGGUUUAUCAUGCUGAGGAGAUCCAGUGCAACAGCCGGAGCUUCCACAAAACCUGCUUCAUUUGCAUGGUUUGUCGUAAAGGCUUGGACAGCACAACCGUUGCAGCACACGAGUCUGAGAUUUACUGCAAAUCUUGCUACGGCAAGAAAUAUGGUCCAAAAGGUUACGGGUACGGCCAGGGUGCCGGAGCUCUGAGUUCUGACCCGGUGAAUAAUGAAGAACUGCAGCCUCAAGAGCCUAAAGCACGUCCGACAUCUGCAAACUCCAACCCAAGCAAGUUUGCACAGAAAUUUGGGAGUACGGAUCGCUGUCCUCGCUGCUCCAAAGCCGUUUAUGCAGCUGAGAAAAUCAUGGGUGCUGGAAAGGCCUGGCACAAAACCUGCUUCCGCUGUUUAUUGUGUGGGAAGAGCCUGGAGUCCACCACGGUGACGGAUAAAGAUGGAGAGCUCUACUGUAAAGUUUGCUAUGCCAAAAACUUUGGCCCAAAGGGGCGGGGCCUGGGGAACAUGGGCGUGGCCGAGGACACUGAAUGACAAGUUUAAACCAACUCAGUGCAGCCUCCUUUUCACUGCACACAACAUUUAAAUACAACAGUCAGAAAUCGCCCCCUAGUGGUAGUCGUAAUGAACUUUUUGUGUAUUAGUAAAGGAAGGAGCGCAACAGCAAGGUCAUUUACCAUGGUGGAAUGAAUAAAUUAGUACAAACCAUUUUGACUAGACCAGGGUUCUCCAAACUCGGUCCUGGAGGGCCACUGUCCUGCAGAUUUUAGCUCCAACUUACCACAACACACCUGUAUGCCUUGAUUAGCUGGUUCAGUUCAGGUGAGUUUAAUUAGGGUUGGAGCUAAACUCUGCAGGACAGUGGCCCUCUAGGAGCAGGAUUGGACACCCCUGGACUAGACCAUAUGUGGCGUGUCACAUACUAUCUAGUCCAGGGGUGGGCAAACGGUCCUGGGGGGCCGCUGUCCCUGCAGAGUUUUGCUCCAACCCUAAUCAAACACACCUGAACCAGCUAAUCAAGGUCUUCAGGAUUACACGCAGGUGAGUUUUAUCAGGGUUGCAGCUAAACUCUGCAGACAGCGGCCUUCCAGGAUCGAGUUUGCCCACCCCGAUCUAGUCACUUACGUUCACGUUGUUUAAUGCAUCCAAAGUUCAAUUCGGAUCCAAACAUUACACACCUGCACGACACUCAGCCCCUCUGUGACUUUCCAUAGGAAAUUAAUGACUUCCGUCGAAUUAACAAUGGUCUGCUGAAUGUCAUUUGUUGUGUGCAAUGAAAAAGUGGCUUUAUACUUAAAGCUGAAGUGUGUGAUUUCUGCCAUUACCAAACAGAAUAUAUAUAUGUGUAUGUGAUGGUGCCAAAUGUUUACUCUUUUUGGGAAACUUAUCUUACCAACAGCUUACUUGUCUCUUCAUGUUAAGUUGGGAAAGGGGAAAGUGGAAAGUAUUUUAACAUAAAACAAAUGUACACACUUCAGCUUUAAACAUCUUAUGUUGAUUCUAUGCACAGACUACUGCAUAAAAAAUGUAUUACAAUUAUACAUUAUAGUAGACAGAAUUAAUAUAUCACUUCAUGACAUAAAAACAAAGAAUAAAUAAAGAUGUCAUCCAA